GGUCCUGUUCAGUGCUUUGCGUCAAAUGGCGGGUUGCAAUGACUGUCUAGACGCUAGAGCUGUCACCUUCGGCCUUGAAAAGUUACUCCGGACUGGCAUCCUGUGUGCAUCGCAGGCAUCAAAUGUUGGAAAUGGUCAGAUUGUUAUGAGCAUGUACAGUGCUUCUACAUCAACCCAAUUGAGCAGAGUUGAUCCAGCUGUGCCGAGCGGGACAUCUUCAGGACUGGACACAUCGAGCAUUCCUCAGAACACCUCGGCUAAAACCAGUAGUGCACUACUCAGCAUUUGUGAACCACCGAGUUUCGUGGAUGAUGUCAACAGUUUGCUGGCGCCCUUGAAAGUGAUGCCCUCGGCCGCCUUCAACAGUAGAAACCGCUGCAGUAGCAUACGUCGCCGGUUUCGUCGUGAAAGCGAUAGAAGAACAAAGGAUGUGCAGCGCCUGCCCGAGACUGAAUGAUUCGGAACCAUCAAUAUCACCAGUGAUGGGACUUAUUAACCACCGAACUAGAGGGGGUUUGGUGUUCCCAAAGCCCGAGGUUGUAGCUGUUC